AUGCCCCAAAUACCAGAAAAGGUAAUUCUCCAAGGACACGAUUCCAUUGACGAUGCAGAAGGGCAGAUGGAACAAAUCCCGAUGCAGCAACUGCGUCGUGACUUCAAGUCCCGCCAAGUGAACAUGCUCGCUAUUGUAGGUGCUCUCGGUACUGGUCUGAUUAUCGGUACUGGCACAGGACUGUCUAGGGGCGGACCUGGCAGCUUACUCAUCGCCUACACCGUUACCGGGGCAGUGAUAUACUUUGUCAUGACUGCUAUCUUUGCCACAGGAUGGAACUACUUUCUCAAGUACGCUAUUGUACUAGCAAAUAACUUGACGGCCGCUGGCUUGGUCAUUCAGUGUUGGAGGCCGGACCUGAACGUCGCAAUUUGGGUGACUGUAUUUGCGGUAGUGGUCAUUUCAAUCAAUGUUUUGCAUGUCGGCAGCUUCGGUGAAGCUGAAUUUAUGCUGUCCUCCAUAAAGAUCAUUGCCCUUAUUGUCGCCAUGUUAACCUGUCUCAUUGUGUCCCUCGGGAGAAGCCCUAACCACCAACGUGUCGGAUUCCGGUACUGGAGCGAACCGGGGGCAUUUACAGAGUAUCUCGAAACCGGCCCAGUCGGGAAAUUCCUCGGUUUCUUUGCAUGUCUAGUUCAGUCUUGUUUCGCGUAUACUGGAACAGAAGUUGUUGGAGUCGCUUUUGCCGAAACCCCUAAUCCACGACGCAAUAUUCCUAGAGCUAUCCGGCAGACUCUGUGGAGAAUUUCUGUUUUUUACAUUUUGGGUGUAUUUCUUCUCGGAAUGGCGGUGCCUUACAACAACGAUCUUCUUAUUGGAUCAACGAAGGCCAGUACCGGGGCAUCGGCAUCACCGUAUGUCAUUGCUAUGAAAUUGGGGAAUAUCGGCGUUUUACCCGACAUCAUGAACGCUGCUAUUCUGGUAUUUGUGGUGAGCGCUUCAAACACUGACAUUUACGUGGGUGCACGUACACUUUAUUCGCUUGCAAAAGAAGGUCAUGCCCCGAAAAUCUUCACACGCACUACGAAAAGGGGCGUGCCCAUUUAUGGCGUUGCGGCAACGUCUAUGUUUAGCCUUCUUGCUUAUAUGAACGCAGCCAAGUCUGCUUCUACAGUGUUCGGAUAUUUCGUGAGUCUAGUGACAGUCUUUGGGACUUUGAACUGGGUCAACAUCCUGGUCUCGUACCUAGGAUUUCGCCGCGGAAUGAAAAAACAAGGGGAAAGUCGAGAGCAGCUUCCAUACAAAGGACCUUUACAACCAUAUGGCUACAACGCCUUCAUACCACACUUCAAACUCGCCAAUUUUCUCACAUCUUAUAUUGGAGUUGCAGUUUAUGCGAUCAAUAUCGUUUCUUGGAAGAUCUUUGCUCGAACACGACAUGUCAAAGCCGAGGAGAUGGAUCUCAUCACAGGGCGACUGGAGUACCAACAAAUUGAGGAGGCAGAGCGUGAUAACCAGACAACAAACGAAAAAAACGAGGAGAAGUUGGCAUAG